AUGGGUCUUCUUAUAUCGAAAAUCUGGAGUUUAUUUGGUAAUGAUGAACAUAAGUUGAUGUUAGUUGGCCUGGAUAAUGCUGGCAAAACAACAAUACUGUAUCAGUUACUACUUGGCGAAGCAGUUCAUACACGGCCUACGAUUGGAUCAAAUGUAGAAGAGGUAGUAUGGAAGAAUCUACGCUUUGUGAUAUGGGACCUGGGAGGACAACAAAGUUUACGUUCUGCUUGGAAUACUUACUAUACAAAUAGUGAGUUUGUCAUAAUGGUAAUUGAUUCAACGGACCGUCAGAGAUUGAAUAUCUGCAGAGAUGAGCUACACAGUAUGCUGACGCAUGAAGAACUAAGCAAGGCUUGUCUCCUUGUAUUUGCUAAUAAACAGGAUGUGAAAGGGUCUAUGACAGCUGCUGAAAUAUCAGAACAGUUAGAUUUGACAUCAAUAAAACAACAUCCCUGGCACAUUCAGGCAUGCUGUGCGCUAACUGGAGAAGGAUUACACCUUGGUUUAGAAUGGAUAGCCAGUAGGAUCAAGAAAAAAUGA